UUAAUCUCCGAUAUUUCAAUUCCAUGACAAUGUCACGACGACGACGCCGUAGAAAAUGACCAAAAGACUUAUAACCCCACUGUCGGGAAGGGUUUUUUUUUUUUUGAAUGCGUGCUUGCUUCUUGAAUCUUCACUCACUCAUUGUUUCACAAACAAAUCAAGGAAGAAAGUUAUGGCAGAAGAAGAAACUGAACUGAGCGACAAGCAAAAGAAAGAGAUCGCCAAAUGGUUCCUCCUCAAUGCUCCCGCAGGCGAAAUCCAGUACGUCGCCAAAGAUUUAAAAUCCGUUUUGAAUAAUGAUGACGUCUACGAUGAGGCGGCAUCGGAAGCAUUUCCUGUUUAUAACAAAUCUCACAUGAUUUGCCUCGAAAUGCCUGGUAGAUUCGGAGAUGUGCUGGUUACAUCAUAUGGGGAGCUUCAGGGUAAUGAGUAUCUAGACCCCAAGACUGCCCAAGUUGCCAUAGUUGACCAUGUCAAACAGGUUUGUACAGAGGUUAGACCUGCCAGUGAUGAGGAACUUCCCACUCCAUAUGUUGAGGAAUACCGAUGUGCUCUGGAAGCAGAAAUGCUGAAGUAUGUUGGUGAAGCUUAUCCAAAAGGUUCUUGUUCAGUUUACUGUAUUAAUGGAAAAGAUGUGGAGGGACCUGGAUAUGAUUUUGAACUUGUUGCAGUGAUUUCUGCUGCUAGACUUAGCCCACAGAAUUUCUGUACUGGAAGUUGGCAGUCGAUAUGGAAAAUUGAGUGCAAAGAUGAUAUUCAAGUUCUGGAAUUAAAAGGCAAAUUUCAGGUGGGUGCGCACUAUUUUGAAGAGGGAAAUGUGCAAUUAGAUGCAAAACAUGAAUGUAGAGAUUCUACAAUGUUUCAGUCCCCUGAUGAUAGUGCAAUUGCCAUAGCCAGUUUAAUUCGCCACCAUGAGACAGAGUACCUGGCAUCUCUUGAGGCAUCCUAUUUGAAUUUGCCAGAUGCCACUUUCAAGGAUCUUCGGAGGAAACUUCCAGUUACUCGGACCUUAUUUCCAUGGCAUAGCACUUCGCAAUUCAGCCUGACUAGAGAGAUAUCAAAAGAGCUUGGAAUCGGGAAGUGACUAGAUCAUACCUGAAGGCAUAAAGUGCAUUCUUUUAUGCAUAAAAUUGAGUUCUAGGAAUACUCAUUCAACGGCCUGCCUGUAUGGUUUGUGCAGUUUUGAGAGUUUACAACUCUUCUUUGCCUGCCUGUAUCCUUUGUUUGGUGUGCAAGUUGUGUUCUCGCCUAAGAGUGAAAUAUGUUGGUGUGCUAUACCGCUUCAUUCUUUACAAGCCGUGUGUAGCAUUGCUUUGUUAUAGUUACUACAUUUUCAUGUACUAGUGAUGUUUGUGGAAAUUUUGGGUACAGAUAUAUAUGCCUGAAAUUGUAUGCUCAGGUUCAGUCUUAUAGACCCAUGGCAAAGUAGUUACAUAUUAAAUUGUAGAUUGUAUCAUUUUGCUAUUAUCAAGUAUUAAUUCACUGGCUAAAACAAAA